UGUAUUAGUAGAAGAAGAAGUCGGGCAGCGCAUCAUCCAUCUUCUAGGAAAGCACCAGCCAUCUAACGAGAGACCAGAAAAGAACAAACAUCAGCCAUCAUGGGAGCCGUGUUGGGACUGUGCUCCAUGGCGAGCUGGAUCCCGUGCCUGUGCGGCAGCGCCCCCUGCCUGUUGUGCCGAUGCUGCCCCAGCGGGAAUAACUCCACAGUGACUCGCCUCAUCUAUGCCUUCUUCCUGCUGCUGGGAGUGGGUGUUGCUUGUAUCAUGUUGAUGCCCGGCAUGGAGGGGCAGCUUAAAAAGAUUCCAGGCUUCUGUGAAGGAGGGAUGGGUUCGUCUAUUCCUGGCGUGGAGGGUCAUGUGAACUGUGACGUGCUGGUCGGCUACAAGGCUGUGUACCGCGUUUGCUUCGGCAUGGCCAUGUUCUUCUUGCUCUUCUCUCUGCUUAUGAUCAAAGUCAAGAGUAGCCAGGACCCCCGAGCUGCUCUGCACAACGGGUUUUGGUUCUUUAAGUUUGCUGCAGCUGUUGCCAUCACUAUUGGAUCAUUUUUCAUUGCUGAAGGUCCCUUCACUGUUGUGUGGUUCUAUGUCGGCAUGGCUGGAGCCUUCUGCUUCAUCCUCAUCCAACUGGUUUUACUCAUUGACUUUGCCCAUUCCUGGAAUGAGUCCUGGGUGGAGAAGAUGGAGGAGGGCAACUCUCGCUGCUGGUAUGCAGCUCUGCUGUCCGUCACCACAGUGAACUAUUUAUUCUCUCUGGUGUCUCUGGUCAUGUUCUACGUCUACUACACCCACUCUGAUAGCUGCACUGAAAACAAGGUCUUCAUCAGCAUUAACAUGCUCCUCUGCGUCGCUGCCUCCGUCCUGUCAAUCCUGCCUCAGAUCCAGGAGUCCCAGCCCAGGUCUGGCCUGCUGCAGUCCUCCCUGGUUACCCUGUACACCAUGUACCUGACCUGGUCUGCCAUGACCAAUGAGCCUGACAGGAAAUGCAACCCGAGCCUUCUGGGUAUUAUUGGGCUGAACAGCACCAGCCCUGCAGGUCAGGACCAUGUGGUUCAGUGGUGGGAUGCCCAGGGGAUUGUGGGAUUGAUCCUUUUCCUCAUGUGUGUCCUCUACUCCAGUAUUCGUAACUCGUCCAACGCCCAGGUGAACAAGCUGACUCUGACCAGCGACGAGUCGGCUCUGAUUGAGGAUGGGCCUCAGACUGACAGCUUCGAGGAGGGCAGCGGAGUCAACAGAGCUGUGGACAAUGAGAGGGACGGCGUCACCUACUCCUACUCUUUCUUCCACUUCAUGCUGUUCCUGGCAUCACUCUACAUCAUGAUGACGCUCACCAACUGGUACAGCCCCGACGCCAACUACGAGGCCAUGACCAGCAAAUGGCCGUCGGUGUGGGUGAAGAUCUCCUCCAGCUGGAUCUGCAUCGCCCUCUAUGUGUGGACGCUGGUGGCCCCGCUGGUCCUGGUCAACAGAGACUUUGACUGAAACACACACUGUCCCCAACGCUCAUACACGCAUCCAUCCACGCUCUGCUUCACCUGUGUUUUGUUUCAGCAAAGUCAGUAACAGUAGGUAGCUAACCCCGCAUCAGUUACCAUCGGAGGGGGCGGGGCUGCACUCAGACUGGCUGUUUGAGGACUGUGUAGUUUGGUGGCUGUCUGUACAGUCUGUGGCAGCUUCCUCACUGCAGGGCUGGUGGAUAGAGGGCGAACAGAUCCUGUCCCAGCUCUGACUGCAGCCCGGCCUCCUCUGGUGUAACGUCAUUGUGAAUCCUCAGCAGCCUGUUGCAGUGGUUUCUCCAUUGUAAAUAACUCCUGUGUAUUCCUAGUGGAUGGUUUAGUUUUCUUUCUAUAAAGACAGAGCUGCAUGCUUUUCCUUUAAAACUUGAUGUGACAUAAACAGUAGCUGUAUCUAAAGCUUUUGUGAGGAUGAUGAUGGCUUUGAUCAGCAACAGUUGGAACUCUGACUGCAGUAUUACAUAUGGAAACGCUGUUACACGUGAAUGAACUGCUUAGAUUUUGCUGUCGUCAGAUGGAUUCAGUUGUGUAUGAGCAGGACUCCAGCUGUGGCACUGAGACGAGAGCAGGAGAGCGGCUUUUUGUAGUUCACUACCAUCGCCAGGCAUGAGCAGUGCUGUGUAGCGUUGUGUGUGUGGUAUUCUAGUCACCUGCUAUCAUGUGUUGAAGCUCUACCAGCUGUGUGUGUCCUCUGCAGUUUGCACAUACACAACAAAGGCAUUCCUGUUUUUGUUGUUUUCUGAUUUGAAUUUUGACUUUAAAUGUAAAAUUGAUUGUUUGAAACCUUCUAGAUAACUUAUUUGGUAGUAUUAGGCAUUAGCAUGUAGUUUUCUCACACACUUAGCUGACACAUUGUGUGUGUGUACAUUUGUAUGAUCGUCUCACCUGUGCUUUUAUCCUAAUAUGGUUUUUCUCUUGACAUGUAAGAGUAUAUUGUAACUCGUUUAAUAAAACUGAGGAACAAA